GAUUUAAGUUGAUAUUUAUCACUUUUGUUCAGUUUUUAAUGAAUCUAGUGACUUAAUCGGAGCAAAAUCUCAAACAUUCGUACAAUAUCAUGGCCUUACACAGUUCUGUGUUCGCCAUCAUAGCAAUAAGCUACCUGACAAUACUACCUCAUCAUGGAAAUGAUGCGCAAACGACUACUGGAUACGAUCGAAAUCGAAUAGAUCAGAAUUUGAACGACAUUAAUAAUCAAAAUCAAUUUGGCCGAGGAAGAUUUGGUCAACAGAUUGUGGGACAACAACAACGUUUUAACAACUUAAACGAUACUCUAAGAAACAUUCCGACACCCCCAAACGACCCUAGUACAUUCUAUGACAACAGUAAACGUUACAGCUAUCGUGAUAGAAAUCGAAACUACAACAAUUACAAUUAUGGUGGAUUGUUUCAGUUUGAUGACUUUGAUCCCAAUCAUAUGUGCCCUGAACAUUGGAUUGCUUAUCGUCAAUCGUGUUUACGUUUCAUAAAGUCACCGAAAAGAUCUUGGUACGAAGCUAAGAAGAUUUGUAUAGCAGUUAAAGCUGAUUUGGUGAAUGUUGACACAGUCGACAAACACGAUUUCAUCACAAGAGAACUUUAUUUACAAAAUCAAGUGCAGAAUCGUUAUUACAUAUCAGCUAAGCAAACAACACCAAACAAUUGGGUGAAUGACGAUGGAACACAACUCUUUUCAACAGGCGACUCGUUUUCUUACGAAGAAACUGAAAUUGAUCGUGAACAAAACAUUGAAUACUUGAACAAUAACAAACUCUACAUCGCCAACCGAAAUCAACAGUCGAGUUUCAAUUACAACCCACUCAACAAUUUAAAUCCAUUAAAUAGAAAUCAAAACACUUACAACAUUUAUGAUAACCGUUUGUUGCAAAAGGAUCGCGUCGUUUAUGGAUAUUCACGCGAAAAGAGUCGUUGGAUGUACAUGCCGACAUAUGACUUUGAAAAUAAUUUAUUUAUUUGUGAAUCGACACUUUUAUUCUCAACAGACAACAUCAAUGUGCAUGCUGAUAGUAAAAGGGAAAUUGAUUAUGGAGUUGAAGUUGUUGAUCCAUUGAAACUACCACGCGGACCAUUUUUCAUCAAACAACCUCGCGAUACAACUUAUGACACUGGAAAGAGACGAGUCACAAAUGAUGUUUCAAUUCAAUGUUUAGCUGGUGGAUAUCCAACACCGACUUAUUCAUGGUUCAAAGAGCAAUACAUCAAUGAUGUUUUAAACUUCACAAAAAUUGAUCCAUUGACAAACUCACGAUACACAAUAAGUGGUGGCAAUUUAAUUAUUUACAACCCAGAUCAAUCAUUGGAUCAAGGAACGUAUCAUUGCGCUGCUACCAACAAAUUUGGAAAAAUUCUUUCAGAAAGUGUUGAACUUAACUUUGGUUACAUUCUUGAGUUUAAUUUGAGACGUGCACCGGAAGUUGGUGAUGUUAAUUGGGGAAAAACAUUAUUUUGUGAUCCACCCACGCAUUAUCCUGAUGUGAAAUAUUACUGGUCACGAGAUUAUUUCCCGAAUUUUGUUGAGGAAGAUACGAGAGUGUUUGUGAGUUAUGACGGAGCUUUGUACUUCUCAGCACUUGAAUCUAUUGAUCAGGGAAAUUACUCGUGCACAGUUCAAAGCGUUGUCAGUGACACGGGAAGGAAUGGUCCAUUCUUCACACUUGGUGUUCGUGCACAUCCAAACUUCCAAGCAUUGAUUUUUGCUAAUUCUUUUCCGAAAGUUUUCCCGCCAUCACCAAUUGCAGGAGAAGAAAUUCGUCUUGAAUGUGUUGCUUUUGGCUAUCCCGUUCCGCAAUACCAAUGGACGAGAAAGAACGGAGAUCUUCCCAAACAAUCGUACACGUUAAGCUACAAUCGCGUUCUUAUCAUUCCAAAUGCAACAGUCAACGAUAAUGGCGACUACAUUUGUACAGCAGGAAAUGGCGAAAACGAAAUUCCAAAAUCAGUUAAUCUCAAUAUACAAAUGAGACCCAACUUUACGAUUCCAUUGAAAGAUCAAAUCAAAGAUUUCAAUUCAGAAGUGAACUUCGUAUGUGAAGCAAAUUCAAUUCCAGAUUCAAACUAUACUUGGUAUAAGAAUGGAAAGUUUAUGGAUAAAGAGAAGCUCGAUCGUGACAAGUACAUCAUUCAAGAUAAUUUAUUGACAAUUAAAUAUCUUGAUCCUGAUAAGGACAAUGGAAUGUAUCAAUGCCGAGCACAGAAUCAGUUGAAAGCUGUUUAUUCAUCAGCACAAUUACGAGUUCUUUCGAUGAAGCCAUCAUUCAAGAAACAUCCUUUAGAAGCGGAGAUUUAUGCUGUGUCGAAUGGAAACACGUCAAUUGUUUGCAAUCCCGAAGCAGCACCAAGACCAAAGUUUCAGUGGAAAAAAGAUGGAAUUGUGAUAUCGGCUGGUGGAGCUGUUGGAGCUGGUGGAGGUGGACAUCGAAAGAUAAAACCAGACGGAACGCUCGUCUUGUCACCAACGUCAAGAGAUGAUGAAGGUGUCUACACAUGUGUUGCAACAAAUGCUUACGGAACUGAUGAAUCUCGCGCUCGCUUAAUUGUUCUCCAAGAGAUUAGAUUCUCUCAAGCUCUACAACCACAAGUGAUCACAGAAACUGGAAGAUUUUUAUUCAUGCGAUGUGAAAUUUGGUCGGAUUUGAUUCUUGAUGUUGCUUUUGUGUGGACAUUUAAUGGCGAAGUCAUUAAUCCACAUGAUGAAGAGUUUAAUAAUAGAAGAAUUGAAAUAAAUUACAAUGAAUUGGUGAUAACAAACACAUCACUUCUCGACUCAGGAUUCUAUGAAUGUAUAGCCAAAUCAGCUGUUAAUGAAAUCGUAUCACGAUCUCAAGUUAUUGUUCUUGGUGCACCAGGAAUGCCAGGCGGCGUUAAAGUUAUUGAUAUAAAGAAAAAUGAAGCGACACUUGAAUGGAUUGAUGGGGCAAUAAAUGGCGGAACGAUUCUUUUCUAUAACAUUCUCGCAAGAACAAAUUGGAACAAGACUUGGCAUGUUGUGGCUGAAAGCAUACAAGCGCAAGAGGUUGAUCGCUACACAGGCAGAAAAAGGGCAGAAAUUGAAGGAUUGUCGCCUUAUUGUUCUUACGAAUUUGCAGUCGCAGCAAUUAAUGGCCUUGGAGUUGGACCGCAAAGUCUUCCAUCACCAACUCACAACACAUUACAUGACAAACCAUAUACAGCACCAAGGAAUGUCAAUGGUGGCGGUGGAAAAAUCGGCGAUUUAAUCAUCACAUGGGAUCCAAUUCCACAAAUGGAACAAAACGCUCCCGGAAUUCAUUACAAAGUUUUUUAUCGAUUACAUGGCAAAGCUGGUCAAACUGAAUGGGCUUCAAAAAUAAAAAAGAAAGAAGGAAAUGUUGGAAAAGCAAUUAUUCAUUUUGAGAAAGGCAAUAAUUACUACACACAAUAUGAUGUGAAAGUUCAAGCAAUUAACGACCAAGGAGUCGGACCCGAAAGUAAUGUUAGUGUGAUUUAUUCAGCCGAAGAUAUGCCGCAAGUUGCACCGCAAAGUAUUUCAGCUAUUGGUUUCAAUUCGACAUCUAUCAACGCUACAUGGUCGCCAGUUGAUCAAAGUCGUGAAAUGAUUCGUGGAAGACUUAUCGGACAUCGAUUGAAAUAUUGGAAACAAGGCCACCAAGAAGAGGACGCGGUUUAUUAUUUAUCACGUACAACUCGAAAUUGGGCACUUAUCGUAGGUCUUGAACCCGAUACAUAUUAUUGGGUGAAAGUUAUGAUUUAUAAUGCUGCUGGAGAAGGACCUGAGAGUGAACGAUUCUUGGAAAGAACUUAUCGAAAAGCACCACAAAAACCGCCAUCAUCAGUUCAUUUGUCUGGCAUCAAUCCUACGACAAUCAAAGUUGUUUGGCGUUAUGUGUCACCAGCACAAGAUGAAGAGCCGCUUCAAGGGUAUAAGAUUAGAGUUUGGGAGGCUGAUCAAGAUAUGGCAACUGCUAAUGACACUAUUGUUGGAUUGGGCCAUGAUCUUGAGUAUUAUGUCAGCAAUCUAACCCCAGGAAAAGUGUAUAAACUUCGAGUUCUUGCUUACAGUAACGGUGGGGACGGUCGAAUGUCAUCACCCACACACACUUUCCAAAUGGGUAAGACACGUCCAGAUCGUAACUAAAUAAGUUUCUUUUCAUUCUGUGGUUUAUUAUGUUUUAUUUUUAUUUAUGACUCAAAAAUAAUCAACAGGUGAAAGAAGUUCACAUUUCUACUUUUCUAUUCUUUCCUUUGCUUUUUUCUGAUAAUAAAAAAAUUAUCAUUCGUUAUUGUUACUUUAUUUGUUAUCAUUUCUUUUAAGUAGGAAAAAGAGCAGCACAAACUUUUUCUUUCUUUCUUUUCUUCAACUACUGAUUUCUAUUAUUUAAUGUCUUCACUUAUUAUGGUUUGGUAGAUUGGUUUUAAUUCAAUUCUCAAUUUUGAUAUGUGUGAGAUUAACUUUUAAAUCGUUUUCCUUAAAUUUAUUUAGGAAUCACAAAAUCACCGGUAAAUUCAGCGAGAAUUAAUAAACUCGACGACAUGCUGAUCAUCUCAAUUCUCUCUAUCAUUUACUUAUUCAAAAUGGUUUGUUAUUAGAAGUUAAAUGACAUUGUCAUUUUGAAAUCAUUAAUUAAGACAUUUUAAAAGAAGAAAUGAAACCUAUCAUGAAGCAAAAAAGACAAUUGAAAUUCGUUUGUAGAAAAGUAAAAUAUUUUUGAUAUGAAUGAAAAGUUUUUAAAGACAUGAAAAAAGAAAUCUGAUUUUUAUGUGAUGCAAUUUAUCAUCAACAUUCCAAUUUAAAAUUAAAUAUCUGAAGCUUAUAAAUGAAUAACGUCAUCCAACCGUUAAGAGAAUCUUCGGUAAUGAAAUAAAGACAUUACAAAUGCUUAAAACACUAACAAACAUUCAAAGGCCUUACACACAUAGGAAAAAUUAGCUGUCAGAAAAAAUAUUUUGAUUCCUCUGCUUCUAAUUAUCGAAAAAAUAUUUUCUUGAUUAUACUUUUAAUUGAGCACAACAAUAAAUGCACAACAUAAUGAAAAACGAAUAAAAUUCAUGAGCACAAACAGAAGUAAACGGACAAGAAAGAAGUGUCAAGUUUCAUAACUGGAAAUAAUCAAGAUUAGCGCCUUAUCAGUGCAGGAAAAUUUCGUCCACUAGGUUUUAGUUCUUUUCGUUUUUUUAUUUACUAUUUUGUUGUAACAAUUUCUUAUGAGAUUCAUUCGAAAAGAUCUUUUUUUAUUGUAAUUUUAGUAUUUGAAUUAAUGAUCCAUUGCGAAAGAGCUUAACAUUAGAAACAGAAAGAAACUUAAGAGAUGAAUAUGAAGAAAGAAAUCUUAUAAGAAUAAAGAA